CAGUAUGGAAGGGGAAAGUGUCUGAGAAAGAGUGUGUGACAGAGAGAAUGUAAGAAAAUGAGAGCUGACGUUUAAGUAGAGCGGAUGGUGUCUUUGACUCGUGUGGCCACACGGAUUCACACUAUGAGCGUUGUACAGCAAUAGAUAACCUAAACAUAUCUGGAUAAUGGAUCCAAGAAGAUUCUGUGUCGGGACCGGGCCAUUUCAGCUAAAGGGUUGGACCACGUGGUCAGUAUUUCCCAGAGAGCCUUGACUGACAACUGCUGGAUAACCAUCCUGGACUCACAGGAUCUAGAAGUUCUCCUAUUAGAGGGAAUAACCCACUUCAUCAUUACCAACUACAACCCAACUUUCCUGUUUGCACAGUACUGAGUCUGGAUAUUGCGAUUGACAAAUCAUUGUGAUCUCUCAGCAGAAAGGUAAGUUUGCCUGCCUGGCAAGCUUGAGCUCUUACAGAGGAUAUCAAAAAGAGAUUUCCCUUGUGUGUUUCAUACGUUACGUCUUAUUCAUCAACACAGAAAUAGAGUACCAGAAAGUCCCCACCAACAUUGCAAAAAGAGGGGAGUGCAGAGGUGGCAACAGAAUAAUGUACCCAGAGCCCACCAGCCCACAAGGGAUAACAAUAGCCCCUUAAAACACCUGUGCAUCUGAAUGUCCUGCCACAUGUUCAUCAAAGACGCUGGAAGUUUUCAAGAUGCUGGAAAGACUCCAGGCUGGAUUUUGAACCCUGGCGCUCACAAUCACUUCAAUCACACAAUCUUUUGUAGCAGGGACUUUUUGUGGGACUGGCUUGGACUUGAGCUAAAACUUUGAACUGUUCGGACAUUAAACUCCACAUCAUUCUCUGUUUUGCUACUACAGUAGACAUCCUUCUUUACCUCUUGAAGACGGCAGAAUAUUCAUUUCUUCUCCUACACUCACCCAGUUAUGGAUUCACAGGGUGGUCCAUACCUUAAUAAGAGGGCCCUAUGUUCACCUCUGGGUGCUGCUCGCCUCUGUCAGUUGGCCAUGGGCUGUGCUGUGAUUGCCAUGGUAACCCACAGUGCUGGCUACAGCGGUUCACAGGGCGUGUUCUGUAUGGCGGCUUGGUGCUUCUGCUUCGCCAUGACAGUUGUGGUGUUUUUCCUGGAUGCCACCCGUCUCUACAGCUGCCUGCCCAUAUCCUGGGACAACCUCACCGUCACAUGUGCUGCUUUUGCAACGCUCAUGUAUGUGACAGCCUCUGUGGUUUACCCGCUCUUCUUUGUCCGAUCUGAGUGUCCCUACGCCGGCUGUGAUGUCAGAAAUUUCCGCAUUGCUGUGACCGUCUGCUCCAUCCUGGGUGCUCUGGCCUAUGGGGUUGAAGUGGCAUUGUGCCGAGCCAGGCCAGGCCAGGCUGUGGUGGGCUACAUGGCCACCGUCUCUGGCCUCCUCAAAGUCGUUCAGGGCUUUGUGGCCUGCAUCAUCUUUGGAGCUCUGGCCAACGGGAGCGAAUAUUCCAGCUAUGCCGCCACAAUCUUCUGUGUUGUCGUCUAUGCUUUCUGUUUUGCUCUGACCGCACUGGUGGUCGUCAUGACAGUGUGUGGGCGGACCAAGGCUGUGCGCUGCUUGCCUUUUGACCGCUUCGUGGUGGUAUGCACCCUUCUGGAAGUUCUACUCUACUUGAGCGCAUCAGUGGUGUGGCCAGUGUUCUGCUUUGACACAAAAUAUGGCUCUCCGUGGAGACCAUCGUCAUGCCCUCAGGGGAGGUGUCCGUGGGACAGCAAGGUUGUGGUGGCGGUGUUCUCCUUUGUCAACUUUGUACUGUAUGUGGCUGACCUGAUAUAUUCCCAGAGAAUACGAUUCGUCUCCUCCCAUGUGCGCACCAACUCACGAAUGUAGCACCAUUUUAUCACCGUGUUACUAUUAUAUUGGCUUAACAGGUUUAAGUUAUUAAUCUGCUUAAUUUUUUAGUAGUUUUAUUUUGUUUGUGCAUUUUUUUUUUAUAUUUAAAAAUUGAGGGAAAGAAAGAUCCCAGGGCCAAGACAUCCCUGGUGUUGCACGUGGUCCAACACUGAAGUGGCCAGACACCCCAGUUUCAGUGUGAAAGCAGUGUGGAAUGUGAACAAGGAAUUUUACCAGUAUGUCCCCUCCUAUAUCUUUAACUCACCCUUUUUGCCCUCUGAGCGAUUUCGGAAGAACAGCCAGCCUCAUCCAAGCAGCCAGGGCUUACUGGUUAUGACCUGUCAAAUCCUCUUAAACCUAUUCUUGACCUGCGACACACACACACACACACACACACACACACACACACACACACACACACACACACACACACACACACACACACACACACCUUAUAUUUAUGCUCAAAUAAUACAUAAAGUCUUGACUAUAAAUAGUAAAUCUGGUAUGGCAUCUCUGGCAUCCUUGUCAUCUGCAAACCCCUCACCAGCGAUCUAUGGACAUCAGCCAGGCUGCCAAAAAUAAACAUGAACUGUCUGCACUCAUAUUGAAGCAGUGAGACAGCAUUUUAAAGAGGCUGGUGUCUUUAAAAGCUCUCUAUAAAAUGCUUCCUUCAGUCUAUGAUAAUAAAAGAAAAGUAGAGCCCAUUUCAGCAUGGCCACUGCUAAGAUGACUGGCAGUUUGACUGCCAUGUAUUCACAGUCAACUGCACAAUCUGAUCACACUCUGAUCAGAUCGGAUCAUGGUCAGUGUGACUGAGGAAUUUUUGCACAUAAUUGCAAAAGAAGGACCACGUGACCCAACAUGUCAUUAAACAACAGGUCACAACAUUUCCUUUUAUUACAUUUACACUGGCAGUUGCAAAUUAUGUGUGUGGUUAGAUGAUUUUUGUACAGUGUAACACUACUGGUACAUAGUUUGACAUAGACUUAAAACUUUGUUUAAAAUUUAUCAAAGUACUAUGUGUAUAUGAAAUGUUUAUCUCAUAGUGACAAACCCACAGAGUAACUAAAAAGACAGCAGAUUUCUCCCUGAAGAGUUAGUAGAGACAAAAAAGUAAAAAGAAUAAAUAUUGGACUUACAUUCAUCAGGUGGCUCCAAAUGAAUGCUAAUGUUGCUCCAAGUCUGCAGGAUGUGUAAAAACAACUUUGCUAAGACGUUCGCCAUAUCAACUUUAUAAGGUGGUAUUUUGUCAAUGUUGUGUUUUCAUCUUGUUGGCUGCCCCCAGCUGGCCACAUCAAUUAAUAAACGUUAAGAUAUAACAGUACAAACAUAUAAAAUAGGUAUACAUGAUAAAAUAAAGACAAACAUGUUCUGUAUACAAGGUUUAGCACAUUUUUCUUCAAUUGUACCUCUAUGUCAUCACGUAAAUAAAAUUACUGAAUGUUCCAAAAGUUCAGGCAGGCAUGCAACAUAACUAAGACUUACUUGUUUUGUGAUUGUGUCCUUAUUUGUGUUAUGCUUAAAUGUAAGUUCCCUGACGUUAUUCAGGUGGUAUUAGUCUCCAUCAUGCCUUGUUCUGAAUACGCAACCGUGGGUGAUCCCCUUUAAAUGUACAACUCAAAUGACCUUCAGGGUCUACUGUUGGUCUACAGCAGGGAAAGUCAAUUAAUUCAGGGUUAAGUUCUUAACAUGUUUGAUAUGUGCUUCCUCCUUUGUUUCUACUCUUUUUAUCAUCUCUUCUCAGUCACUUCCACUUGUACCAGUUGCAAAUAGUUAUUUGACAUUAUUGUUAUGCCUAAUCAGUCUGAGUGCUUACCCCGAGAUAUUCAUCAUACAAAAUCUUUGAUAUUUUAACCAGACAGUGUAAAUUUAUACCCAGGGCCAUUUCUAACUUUGGGUGGGCUCUAUGCAAAAUGCUGUUUGGGGGCCUGUAUUUUGUCAAACUACAAUGGGGGGAUUCAAACCUUUAAGAUGAUCUUUUGGGUUGCAUCAAUCUGUAACACUUUAGGAGGAAAACCGGCUAGAUUUGUAAAACCUCUCUCAAAUUCAAAUUAACUAUCUCAAGUGUACCCCACGCAAUUAAAACCUACAGAAAAUGAUUUGAGUUAACAAUGAGGCUCCUCUAUGCCAAUAAAUGCAACAGAUGCCGGGUUUUUCACAAAAAUGUUUAUUUAAAAAAGAAAGAUUAGAACAAAGAAAGCUACUUGAACAGGAACAGAAAAAGAUUGGGCCAUUGCCCAAAAUGGACAGAAAAUAAAUAAGGGUUUUUAGUUUGAAGAGAAAGUAAAAUAAAAUACUGCAGGACCAUUAUGUUUCUGUGAUCAUGGACCGUAAUCACACUCUAAUGUUUUAGGCCAUUUCACAAGAUCAACAGAAAACAAAAAUAUUACAUGUGAAAUAUGGAAGAGUUGAAACAGAUGCACCUGCAGUUCUUAGUCAAAAGCUGAUAAAAGACCCGCUGGCUGUGCUUUGGUCUGAAGCCACAAAAUAUUUAAGAAUGGCACUUGCAAAGACAAAGCUCUUUGGUUUACCCUGCAAAAUUGAUCAUAAAUAAAUAUUAAUAGGAAAUCUUUCUUAACACUGUGAUUCAUUUUAUUUCUAAAGCACAUAGGCCUAUAAAAUGACAACACACUAAAGUAUUGUUACUAUAAAAAUAUUUAACCGCAGAAGAGAUGACUAAGAAGCAAAACCCAGCGGCUACGCUGUUUGCCCAACCACACACCCUCCAUCCCACAGUGCAAUGUUACCGAGCUGCAAACAAAAUGCUCUGCAGCCUUCUAUAAUCUCAUACAAUGGGUGUCACUUAAGUCCAACAACACAGUCUAUUCACAUGACUACUUUAUUUUAACCCUUUCAUAAAGCACUGUAUAAAACACUGUAUAAAGCUUUGUUUAUUUGCAGUCCUAGACAGCUAGCUGAGCAAGCUAAAUUAUCUAUUUAGCUGAGGCUAGCUGAGCUAGUCAGCAGGGAAAAGCAGCAAACUUGCUCAGUAUUGGCUAGCAUUACAGCUACCCCCUCCAAGUUCAAUUUCAUCGUGAACCAAUGCCUUACCUUCAUCCUCUGAAUGUCUUACUUCCUCAGUUUUCUUCUUUUUUCUGCCCCAGAGUGAUAUGGCCGUCAUUACUGACCGCUACUGAUGUGACGUCUGUCAUUUGUUAAAUAUUUAUUAAUUGAGGGUAAGAGGGCUCUGUUUAAGUUUGUGUGACAUAUAAAUAACAAUCCGUGUUGUUACAAGUGACAAUGUUCGCCAUCAAAACAUAUAAU